GUCCCGAUCACGACGCCAUGUGGGCACUCGGCGACAAGAUCGCCUCGACCAUUCUGGCGCAGAGUGCGGGCAUCCCGACUGUGCCCUGGAGCGGUUCUCGUAAGUUGUCUUUCUGUUUUUUUACCGUCUGGUUGUCCUCCUGGAUUGCGCCGCUUCCAGCCUCUUCGAAAUGUUGCCCUAAUGAGAAGUUGAGAGUGCUGUCACAAUGUGUGCACUGUAGGCAGUCAAGUCGGAAUAUGUAG